AUGGAGCACCAGCACAAAGAAGCAACGAUUCCUCACGUUCUCAUCUUCCCUCUUCCAAUGCAAGGCCCAAUUAACUCUAUGCUGCAGCUGGCCGAGCUCUUCUGCCUUUCAGGCCUGAAGGUCACCUUCCUCAACACCAUCCACAACCAAGAACGUCUCCUCCGCCACACCAAUGUCCAAUCUCGUUUCGGGCAAUAUCCCGGUUUUCAAUUCCUCGCAAUACCUGAUGGCCUUCCCGAGGAACACCCGCGCUCGGUCGAACAAUUCGGGGACAUUAUCAGCUCCGUGCAGACCGUGGCGGAGCCUUUUCUUAGAGAAAAUAUGCUUAGAAGUGGAGCCAAAGAACCGGUGACAUGUGUUAUACCAGAUGCCCUGUCUUAUUUUGUGGUUGAUAUUGGAAAUGAAAUGGGAGUUCCAGUUAUUCCCUUUGACACCAUUAGCCCGUCCUGCCUUUGGGUUUACUUGUGUCUGUCAAAACUUAUUGAAUCUGGCGAGCUUCCCUUCGAAG